CAAAGGACGUGUUGUGUUGCUGCUGCUCAGAGUCGUUAGUUGCUGCUGCUGCGACGAGUGCUCUCGGUGCCGUUAUUAUUGUUAUUGUUGUUCAGCGAACAAUUUGCCACCCCGUUGGGCAGAACGCGCCGUGACGUCAGUGAGAAAUUACAAACGUGUGUGUGCGUGCAGCAAGAAAUAGAGAAAAAAUAUAUCAUAUAUAUAUUUAUAUAAGUGAACAAUUGUAAAAUGUCAGCGGAUAAUCAAGCGGAGCCAACGGCAGCAAUGCCCGCAGCCGCGAGCUCAUCUGCCUCAGCGGCAUCCGCAUCCGAGUACCUGAAACGCACCUGCCUCAUCUGCGGCUGCCAGACCAAUCAGACCAUCAACAUCUAUGAGCCGCGCUCCGGACCAAAUAUUGUGCAAUUAAUUCAAGCGAAAUUCAAGUUCCAGCCCUUGAAUGAGGAUAAAUUCUUGUGCUUCAGCUGCAACAACUGGCUGAUCAACUGGCAUUCACUCCAAGCUGUGAACAGCAAUGAUGCGGAGAGUCAAAGUCAAAGUCCGGCGCACAUGAGCAACAACAGCAGCGGAGCUCUCGUGCAGCAGCGUGCCAAGGUGCGUCCCAUUGCGCAAGUGCGUCCGCAGCCACAAGUUCAAGUGCCACAACGCCCACAGUUGCCAACAGCAGUGUCCGCUGCUGCUCCUGCUUCUUCUCCUCUACCCGCCACCGUCAUCAGCUACAACAAGCGACGCUUUGGACGACGCAAUGAAGCGGGAUUGAGGAACAUGCGCAAGAUGUUGCGCUACUGCUGCGUUUGCGGUGGCACCAUUGUGCUGCGUCUGUUGCAUGCCACAUCUCCGCAAACACUCACCAAGUUGGCACAGCGCAAGGGCUACACACUGUGCCGCAAGUGCCGCCACAAAGAGCAGAGCAGACGGCAAACAGUCAGAGCCCUGCGCACUGCGCUGGUCAAGCCGCUGCCCACGCCCACGCCCAAUCUGCCUCAUUACCAAAGAUUACCUGCGCCGCGUGUGGAUGGCAAAGUAGUGGCCAUGUUUAGGCGUCUGGGCACUACGCUCAGCACGGAGCAACAGGUGGAGACGGAAGCGACAUCGGCGGUGCGAAAUCUACGUAUUAUGAGUCCCGUUAAGCAACGACCACGAUGGACGCGUGCGCUGGAGCAGGAUGAGGUCCUUUUGGAAUUCGAUAGCGCCAUAAGCGAGGUGAUGCCAGCGUCGAAAACCACAGCGCGUCGACGCCUGCGAUAUCAGUUAGCCAACGAAGCGGAAGCGGAAGUUGAAGUCAUUGAGGUGCAGUCAGAGUUAACGGAAGCGCAGGAUAAAGUUUCCCACCAAACGCUGGCGGGGCUUAAGCUACCGCUAGGGUUAAGCAUUACCUUAGUCUAAGCCACAAUCCAAAUGCAGAAAAAGACAAAACUGUAGUCAAAUUACAAAUUACAAAUUUAGCUUUUAAUUUAAUUCAUAAUUUCUUGUACCUCAAUCAACAUUUAGUUGUUAGUCAAAAUAUUAGCAAAAUACCUAAGAAUUUAAGUUAAUCUAAUAUUGUAUUUUAUAUAUAUAUGUGUAUAGUAGACGUAACUAGCAAACUCAGCUACCAAUGUCAAGUCUAGUAACCGUUAACCUCGUAGUUGAAUUUGUUUGCAUUUGCCAUGUUAUUGCUCCAAAAAAAUUAAGUAUUUAAAAAAAGCAGUAUAUAUUAAUAAAAAUUACAAGCACAACUUGAU